CCCUUAGCUUAUAAGUAUAAUGAAAUAAGUUGCAGCAAUAAAUAUCUAGCUAGGGCCUAAAGCACUAAGCCAGUUGCCAAUCAUGUAGCGCAAAAUCGCUCUCGCGCGCCUUAAAAUCGAGUCCCUGAGUAGAGGUGCACGGCCAAUAUAGGAGACUCUUUCCAAAGGGAGACACUUUCCAAAGGGAGACAAUCUCCCAUAUUGGACACUUGCUUUGCAAAAGAACAAAGAAACACCAACAAAAGCAUGAUUUUUUUUCCACCCAAAAUUUUGUCCCACUGAGGUCAGAGCCCAUUUGUUUCAUGUGUGGAUGACAACAAAAAACCUUAUAAAAACAAAAGUAGACGGUGAAAAGGGGUAAUUUUUCAUGAGUUGAGGAAUCUGCUUAUCAGUAUCACAUUUUUAUUUGCCGCCAAGUUAAUUCUUUUGCAGCAAAUGUAAACAAAGAAAAUUGGUCUCCCAAACUGGAGACUGUCUCUGAAAUUGGAUACCCAAAUUCUUGAUAAAAGUAUCUUGAUAUGGGAGAUAAUCUCAUGGGAGACAGUCUCCCAUAUUGGACGUGGGCCGCUACUGAUCACGGAGCCUUGAAAUGCUUGCCAUAUAGACUUUAUGCAUAAGCGAGAUGACUUGUCAACAAGGAUGGAUUUCCCUAAGAAAUACAUAAUUAGACAGUGAGAUCGGUUUGUUUCUCUUGAUUUUAUUUAUCUAUGAACCUUUACCGUAUAUGCAAUAGGCGUAUGAAGGUUCAUAGAUUAAAAUUAUUUUAGUAUAAAUAUGAAAAAUGAGAGGUUUCUUACCAGACCGAUCUUUUGUAGAUCCCUCGAUCCAUUCGUAAACACCGCAAAUACAAUAGGUUUGACCCUGCUUCGAUAAGUGAUGUUACAAAAUGCGUGUCAAUCGGUUUUUGUCUCACCUGCAUAGCAGAGUGAGACUAUAGGCGCCGCUUUUCCGACGGCGGCGGCGGCGACAACAACAAAUCUUAACCGAAGGUUAAGUUUUUGAAAUGACAGCGUAACUUAAAAAGUAUAUGGACCUAGUUCAUGAAACUUGGCCAUAAGGUUAAUCAAGUAUUACUGAACAUCCUGCCUGAGUUUCAUGUCACAUGACCAAGGUCAAAGGUCAUUUAGGGUCAAUUAACUUAGACCAUGUUGGGGGAAUCAACAUCAAAAUUUUAACCUAAGGUUAAGUUUUUGAAAUGUCAUAACUUAAAAAAUAUAUGGACCUAGUUCAUGAAACUUGGACAUAAGGUUAAUGGUUAAUCAAGUAUCACUGAAUGUCCUGCAUGAGUUUCACGUCACAUGACCAAGGUCAGAGGUCAUUUAGGGUCAAUGAACUUUUUCCAAAUUGGGGGUAUUUGUUGAAUUACCAUCAUAACUUUGAAAGUAUAUUGGUCUAGUUCAUAAAACUUGGACAUAAGUAAUCAAGUAUCACUGAACAUCCUGUGUACAUUUCAGGUCACAUGACCAAGGUCAAAGGUCAAUGAACUUUGGCCAUAAUGGGGGUAUCUGUUGAAUUACAAUCAUAACUUUGAAAGUUUAUGGAUCUGAUUCAUGAAACUUGGACAUAAUAGUAAUCAAGUAUCACUGAUCAUCCUAUGCAAGUUUCAGGUCACAUGAAUUAGGUCAAAGGUCAUUUAGGGUCAAUGAACUUUGGCCAAAUUGGGGGUAUUUGUUGAAUUACCAUCAUAACUUUGAAAGUAUAUUGGUCUAGUUCAUAAAAUUUGGACAUAAGAGUAAUCAAGUAUCACUGAUCAUCCUGUCACAUGACCAAGGUCAAAGGUCAAUGAACUUUGGCCAUAAUGGGGGUAUCUGUUGAAUUACCAUCAUAACUUUGAAAGUUUAUGGAUCUGAUUCAUGAAACUUGGACAUAAUAGUAAUCAAGUAUCACUGAUCAUCCUGUGCAAGUUUCAGGUCACAUGAUUUAGGUCAAAGGUCAUUUAGGGUCAAUGAACUUUGGCCAUGUUGGGGGUAUUUGUUGAAAUACCAUCAUAUCUCUAUAGUGUAUUGGUCUAGUUCAUAAAACGUGGACAUAAGAGUAACCAAGUAUCACUGAGUAUCUUGUGCGAGUUAUAGUAGUUUUCAAAGUCAGCACUGCUGCUAUAUUGAAUCGUGUGAUGCAGGUGAGACCGCCAGAGGCAUUCCACUUGUUCUCUAUUAUACUCAAUAGGAGCAUACACUUUUCUAUGCAGAUCGAUAUAGCAGCCAACCUAUACAGUAUGCACACGCAAUAUUACCACGGUAAAUCAUAUACAAGAGAUACUAUAGCGCAAAUAAAACGUACGGGCGGUUAAGGGCGGUUCAGUGUGUAACAGGAAGGGCAGUCUCGGGCGUUUCAGGGGCUAUUUGGUUAAAGAGAUAUUUGGUUAAAGAGAUAUGAUUGGAAUUAUAAAAAAAUGUUGCCUUUAUUUACCCCUCUCCCCUAUUUAAAAAAAAACCAGAAAAAUAACAUGAGAAUAAUAUUGGUUUAAGUGGCCAUCUUGUUCUCUUUGUUAGUAGCUUAGUUUGGAUACGCAUAUAUCGCAAAAAGUCCCCAGAUGAUCAAUAAAAUCUCAUUCAACCCUAAAUUAAUGCUAAUUAUGUGAAAGGUGAAUAGGUGUAUUCAUGUUAAAUGUGUUUAUUGAAAUACCAGUGAAGUUUGCCCAGCGCGAGUAUUGUGACAUCGCUACUCAGUGCAUAAUAUUUGUAUUGAUUUCUACAUGGUAUGUAAGCAGAAUUAUCACUAUUUCAUUUUACAGAGUCUAUGGGGAAAUGGAAAUUCUGUUUUCAGACAUGCUGAAACAGACUUAGAUUUUCUGAAAUGGAAAAUCACUGUCCCUGUAAAUCUUAAUGGUAAAUACAUGCACAUACAUGUAAACACGUAAUAUAUUUGUAGAGGUAGUAGUAUUGAUAUUGAAAGGUGAAAAUACUCCUUUUUUUUCUCCACAUGUAGGGAUUACUAACUGAAGAUAAGGUUAACAUUAUUUUCUUGCCUAAUGGAUAUAAGUGUAUUCUUCUGUACUUUCCUUUUGGUGUUUAGUUUAUUUGGCUACUUUUAAAUGUUAUGUCAUUUUUUUUUUUUUAAGGUGAACUUCACAAUAGAUCAGAUCCGUACCAUCAUGGACAAAAAACAGAACAUUAGGAACAUGUCUGUUAUUGCUCAUGUCGAUCAUGGCAAGUCUACUCUGACUGACUCUUUGGUGAGCAAGGCCGGAAUCAUUGCCACUGCAAAGGCUGGUGAGAUGCGAUUCACCGACACCAGGAAGGAUGAACAGGAGCGUUGUAUUACCAUCAAGUCUACAGCCAUCUCCAUGUACUAUGAGCUGUCAGAAAAAGACAUGUCAUUCAUCACGCAAGAGAAGGACGUAAAUGACCGUGGUUUCUUGAUCAAUCUCAUCGAUUCCCCAGGCCACGUUGACUUUUCUUCUGAGGUGACGGCUGCUCUGCGUGUUACAGAUGGAGCUUUGGUUGUUGUGGACUGUGUCAGUGGUGUUUGUGUGCAGACAGAGACUGUUCUUAGACAAGCCAUCGCUGAGAGAAUAAAGCCUGUUUUGUUCAUGAACAAGAUGGACCGCGCUCUUCUGGAGCUUCAGCUUGAAAUGGAAGAUCUCUACCAAACCUUCCAGAGAAUUGUUGAGAGUGUCAACGUAAUUGUUGCCACAUACGCUGAUGAUGAUGGACCUAUGGGUAACAUUCAGGUUGACCCAUCGGCAGGAACUGUAGGCUUUGGAUCUGGCCUCCAUGGAUGGGCUUUCACUCUGAAGCAGUUUGCUGAGAUCUAUUCUUCUAAGUUCAAGAUUGAACCAGCCAAGCUUAUGAAGAGACUCUGGGGUGACCAGUACUUCAACCCGAAAGAGAAGAAAUGGAACAAGGUUGGAGGCGAAGGCUAUGUACGAGGAUUCUGUCAGUUUAUCCUGGAUCCUAUCUACAAGAUGUUUGAUGCAGUCAUGAACUUCAAGAAAGAGCAGACAAAAAAACUUCUCGAGAAGCUGGAGAUUAAACUCUCUGGUGACGAUAAAGAUUUGGAGGGGAAGCCUCUUAUCAAGGCCAUCAUGCGCAAAUGGAUACCUGCCGGUGAGACUAUGCUUCAGAUGAUCACCAUCCACCUGCCAUCACCACAGACUGCUCAGAGAUACCGUAUGGAGAUGCUGUACGAAGGACCUCAUGAUGAUGUAUUAGCUCUUGGAAUCAAGAACUGUGACCCCAAGGCUCCUCUUUGUAUGUACAUCUCUAAGAUGGUGCCAACCUCUGACAAAGGUCGCUUCUUUGCUUUUGGUCGUGUCUUCUCUGGCGUUAUCAGCACAGGCCUGAAAUGUCGCAUCAUGGGGCCAAACUUUAUCCCAGGCAAGAAGGAAGACUUGUUCCAAAAGAGCAUCCAGAGGACCAUUCUUAUGAUGGGUCGAUACACCGAACCCAUCGAGGAAGUCCCAUGUGGCAACAUUUGUGGUCUGGUUGGCGUUGAUCAGUAUCUUGUGAAGACUGGCACAAUCACCACCUUUGAAAAUGCCCAUAACAUCAAGACCAUGAAGUUCUCUGUGAGUCCUGUCGUACGUGUGGCCGUUGAAGCCAAGGAUCCAUCUCAACUUCCCAAGCUUGUAGAGGGAUUGAAGCGUCUCGCCAAGUCUGACCCUAUGGUUCAAUGUCUUAUUGAAGAGUCUGGAGAACACAUUGUAGCUGGAGCUGGAGAGCUUCAUCUAGAGAUCUGUCUCAAGGAUCUGGAAGAAGACCAUGCUGGUAUUCCUCUGAAGGUAAGUACCUUUUCCGCAGCUUAACCCCAUAUAGCGUAG